UGCUUCUCAUUAUACCUCACAGCAUCAAAGGCAUACUAGAAAUCAACUAGCCAUUUGAUCAACCCUCCUUGCUCUCUAUUUUCGUUAUCCUAAAGUUUAUUUCUUUCAAAUUUUGAACAUUUUAAUCAUGGCCUCUAUCACUUACGAUAUUGAGAUUCCUUCCCCAAUCCCAGCUGCCAAGAUGUAUAAGGCCGUCGUCCUCGAUGCAGACACCCUCAUCCCAAAGAUCAUGCCUCAGGCGAUCAAAAAUGUCGAGAUCUUGGAAGGAGAUGGCGGUGUGGGAACAAUCAAGCUCAUCCAUUUUGGGGAAGGCAGCCAGUAUAAGAGCGUGAAACACCGUGUCGAUGCUCUUGACACCGAAAAUUUGACCCACAGCUACAGCAUUGUUGAAGGUGAUGCUCUGAUGGGGGGUCUUGAGUCAAUUACUUAUCAUGUCAAGAUCGUUCCAACUGAAGACGGAGGAUGCAUUUGCAAGAACAGGAGCAUUUAUCAGGCUAAGGGCGGGUUUGAGCUGACAGCCAUGGCCAUGUUCAAGGCAAUUGAGGCUUACCUCCAAGCCAACCCAGAGGCUUAAAUGCUGAUCAUCACGUUGAACUUUUCAAUAUACAAUAACUAGCUACCUGUGUAAUAUUUUGUUUGUUUGGAAGUACUUAUGUUGCACUUUCUGUAUUCAACAUAUUUUGUACUUUUGUGUUGUAAUCUUUCUUCAAAGUUGGUUUCCCUAUUUCAUAAUGAAAAUUGUUACCAUCACAA